AAUUUGAGAUAAGACUCUAAUUGAUUACAAUUUUCUACUUCUGGUGAAAAAUAUUAGGAGUAAAUAGAAAAAAUAAUUACAGGGAUUUGAUUCUUUUUUUCCUUCUUCUAAUUGUAUUACUUUGUUAAUAACGGAACUGAAUAUUCAUUCCCUCUGUUUUGUGUUGUGCUCACAAUUUGAGUUUCUUUCUCUUUCUCUCGGUCUGUCUCUCAUCCAUUCAACCUUUAUUUUUUUUCUUUGUCUCUCUCAUUUUUGAGUGAUGAAUGUAUUAUUCAAUAGUAACAAAACGUGUCUUGUAAAUUAAAACCCUUUUUAUUUUUUUUUCGUCUGAGAUAAAAUGGAUCGUGGCAUCAAAAUCUAAUCCUUUUUUUUUGUUUUCUUAUAUUACUGUUUCAUCAUCAGCUCAGCUGUAGUAAUUUUUUUAUUUUAUUUUAAUGGCGGAAGCAAACGAGAGGAGUAGAGAUAUGGGGAGAAGUAACAGUUGUGUGUUUCCUAGAGAUCUGCUUCAGAGGUUUAUCUCUAACUCUGUUGAUGAUGAAGACGACGAGGAAGAGGACGAGGAGGUUGAGUUGAAUCUUGGUUUAUCUCUUGGUGGGAGAUUCGGAGUUGAUAAGAGUUGUAACAACAAGCUCGUGAGAUCUUCUUCCGUUGUGGUGACGAUGCCUCUUUUCCGGGAGGUUCAUCGUCAAACCACGACGACGACGACGGCGGAGAGAACGUCAACAGCGGCGGCGGCGACGACUACGACGAGGGGUAUGGGUUUGAUGAGAACGACGUCGUUGCCGGCUGAGUCGGAGGAGGAGUGGAGGAAGAGGAAAGAGAUGCAGACUUUAAGGAGAAUGGCUGCUAAGCGACGGAGAAGCGAGAAGCUUCGUAGCGGCGGCGCCGGAGGAGGAACUAACCCGGAAGAAGCUGGGACCGCCGCCGCCACCACCACUUCGAGGCGGAGAGGUAGACCAUCUUCAGGACUUCCACGGUGGUCUGCUACGGCUGACAAAAGCGGGCUUUUACGGCAGCGUAGUGGUGUUCUUGAAGGCUCCCUUGAGUCUCAAGGCGGAGGAGGGGGUUCAUCUAGCGUCUCCGAGUUAGAAACUAAAGCUUCGAGUGAUGAAGCAAGAAGUUUACCAUCAUCGACAACACAACAACCACAACAACAAGAAGCAACAACAAAGCCAACAACGAAUCGGCUGAGAAGAUUGAGUUCAGUGGACAUGAACAUGAAGAUGGAGCCACAAGGGAAAGGGAAGAGUGAGAUGCCAUGUGUGUUCACCAAAGGAGAUGGUCCUAAUGGGAAGAGAGUUGAUGGGAUUCUUUAUAGAUAUGGUAAUGGAGAAGAAGUAAGGAUCAUGUGUGUUUGCCAUGGCGAUUUCUUGUCUCCGGCUGAUUUCGUUAAACACGCCGGUGGUCCUAAUGUAGAACACCCUCUUAGGCACAUUGUUGUCAACACUUCUUCUCCUUCUAAUAAUCUCUUUUAAUAGACCCAAAACCCCUCUAACCAAACCCACUCUUGUUUAGAGAAACAUGUUUUUUAAGAGUCUUGCCAUGUCCCAAAUUUUAAGUUAUAUAUGUAUUUUUUUUACUACAUUAUACAGAGAGAGUUAAGGAGAAACAUUAUUCAUAUCAGUUUAAGAGAUUAGAAUGAGAAUAACAUUUUGAUGUA